GACCACCUCCUCCCGGUCCAAUCCUCACUCGCUACGCUGCUCGCUCGCCGACGUGGUGCCAUCCAGCUCGUUGCACGCGCGUGCUGCACGGCAGAUCGGGCACGCUGCUCGCCUUGCCACCACGAGCCCAUCCUCGGGAGCACAUCUUCGCAGGGGGAGCGAGCGUGCUGCGGUCGACGAGGAACAACUGACCAAGUCGGCGAACGCGCGGCGGCCGCGGCGCGUGGCACCUGCACCAUCUGCGAGCGCGAGCUCCGACUCGACUGCAAGACCAAAGAGCUGCCACGGCCAUGCCUGCUUCCAAGGCUCGCGCUGCGCCGCGCCGCUCGCUGCGCAGCGCAGCUCAGCCAGCGCCGCCAGCAGAGCCCGAGCCCGUGCACGACGAGGAAUCCCCACCGCCGCCGUCGGGCAGCUUCGACGCGGCGAGCCUUGUGCCAGAUGAGCCGCCGCUCGAGCUGCCGGAGCCGAUCCAUCUCUUCUCUCGCACCAUCAAGCUAGCCGCCGGGUCGAAGCAAAGCGUCCACGAGGGCGCCGUCUUCGUCCCGACGGCGUACGAGACGCUCAGAAGAGGCCUCGUCGACUGGUUUCCCGAGCACGCCUCGCUGCGCCAGCUGCAAUCGAUCGCGAGUCUCACGGACCCGGACAGAGCUUUGUGGGACCGCCUUCACGCGCUCAUUGCGGACGAUGCAGCGCCGCCUGCUGAGCCCAGCGCCUCGGCGUCGAGCUCAGAGCGCAAGCGCCCGCGCAAAGUCAAAAUCGAGCUCAAGGCCCGUCUGCGCCCCAGCGCCCGCGUGGGCAAACACUGCGACCUUCUUUGCGGCUCGCCGGCCAGCGACCACAAUGUCGGCGCAUUCGAGCUGCACGUCAUCGCGUCGGACGAGGUGUGCAAGUCACUGUACGAGCGCGGCAGAUUCGCGUCCGGCCACACGGCCGACACUGUCGACACCGUCGAGCGCCCGACGCUGUUGCUGGGCCAUGUUGUGCCUGCCUUCGCGCGCAACGAUGGCACGGUUGCGUCAAUGGCGCCAGAGCUCUUCCAGCAGGAAUGGCUCGGCUUCGAGAAGCACAGCGUGCGCGUGACGCUCGAGGCGCCUUUCCUCGUUCCAGACAUUCUCAUCGGACCAGCUGCGCUGCAUCCAGUCGGUCGUUCUGUCCCAUUUCAGGGCCCAGCGGUGGCACCAGGGUUCCGGCCCGUGGUGCGCCGCGAUCCCAUCGGCGGCAACGAGUACACGUCCGACAUGCGCGCGCGCGUGCCUCCUCGCAGCAUCGUUGGUCAGCUGUCCUUCAGCGUGCAGCUUCAGAACGCAGCCUUCGACUAUGGUCGUGUCCCGGGUGCCGACCCGUAUCCCCGAAGCGAGACCAGCGGCCGCGAACGCAAGCUGCCGCGUCUGCUGGGCCCGUUCCUCAACCGCGUGCUCGCCGACCCGACCGGCGCUCUCAAGUACGACCUCUCCGAGCCCGACUUCUGGUCUUCAGGCGGCGGCCACUACCCGCAGUGGACGCGCGAGGAGUGCGAGGACCCGGGCACGUUCAGCGCGCUGGCAGACCUCAAGGCCGGCUCAGCAUCCAAGAAGCUGCCGCUCAACAACUCCAUCGACGUCCUUCUCGAGAGCUGCCGGCCUGCAACCGACUCGCCCGCCUUGUAUCCUCCGGAAGCACUCGUGCCGACGCCGCUCAAGCGGUAUCAGGCGCAGGCAGUCGCCUGGAUGGUCCGGCGCGAGAAGCGCAGCUACCAGGACGCACCGAUGCUGUACCCGCAGUGGACGGCCCUGAGCGCCAAGGACGUGUCCGACGCCUCUUCUGCUGUGAAGGCGGAGUCUGACGUCCGGCCGAAGAAGAAAGCCAAGAGGGCCUCGACGGCGUCUGAAGUGCGCUCGAAGUCCGCUGGACCGACGCGAGCGAGUACGAUCUUCUACAUCGACGAGGUCACCGGCAUGCCUUCUCUGCGUCCAUUCCGUGGCCUUGUGUCGGACCGCGGCGGCGCGCUCUGUGAUGGUCUCGGCCUCGGCAAGUCACUCGAGACGCUCUCCCUCAUCGUCAUGCGCCCCAAGGGCAAUGUGCUGGAUCCGAGCCGCUCUGCCACUCUUGCUGCGGAGCUGCCAGCCGACCUCCGCCCGCUGCCCGUACGCGCCACAUUGAUCGUCACGCCGGCAGCACUCUUGGAGCAGUGGCAUGCCGAGACGGCCAAGCACACGCCGUCGCUGCGCGUGAUCCGGUGGCAGAGCAGCACGUUGCCGUGGAAGGCGAACGACCUGCGCACCGAUACGCGAGCGGCGACGCACGCGUUCUUCGAGGACGACGCUUACGACGUCAUCUUGACAUCUUACGAGCAGCUCAGCGCUGAGCUGCUGCGUUCAACGCGCGUGAGCAAGGCGGAGAGCGCACAGAGCCCGCUGCUCGAGAUCCUCUGGCACCGCAUCGUGCUCGACGAGGCACAGCUCAUUGCAGGCUCGAGCGCCUCGGCGGCUGAGAUAUGCAGCUGCCUCUGGCGCACAGCCAGCUGGGUUGUCACCUCGACACCCUGCGCCUCGAUCGGCGAGCUGUCGGGCAUCUUCUCGUUCCUGGACCUUGAUCCCUUUGCCGAUCCUCAGGCGUUUGAGACGCUUGUGGCUGACGGCUUCGAAGCGGGCGAAGCUGAGUCUAUCCGUCGAGCCUCUGGCCUAUGCCGCAACAUCAUGUGGAGAAACUCGCGGGUGCACGUCGCCGACCAGCUCGGCUUGCCUCCUUCCUCGGAGGUGGUGCUGACAACGAAGAUGACGGGCCUGCAACGCACCAUUUACGAGCGCGAGGCGCAGCUCGUCAAGGCGCAGAUCGAGGACGCAGUCAAGCGCGGCCUGAAGCAUGUCAAGCACACCCUCGGUCCAUUCCAGCAAUUGCGCCAGCUGCUGGACCAUCCGCAGCUGGCUGAGCGCCUCGGCUACGGGUCCAGCGAUGCCCGCCGUAGCUUCGAGGACCUCACGACGAAUCUCAUGCGCCGUCUGACGCGCGAGCUGAAGGUCAAGCGCCUCGAGCGGGCCACGCUCGUCCUCGCCAUCGUCGCUGGCCAGCGUGCCUUUGAGGCUGAGAAGCGGCCCGGCCUAUGGCGCGGCGGCGUGCCCGUCUGGACCGAGGACGACAUCAACGUGCAGUGCCGUGCAGCGCUGGCCGCAUGCAACACCGCACUCGACGACGAGGAGCAGAUCGGACUCGACGAGCAGGAUCUCGACGACGCCGCAGCUGUCCCGGAACUGCCGCGUCCGAAGGGCACGCGUCGCCUCACGCUCGAGGAGGCUAUCUACUGGCUGCGCACAGCCCUCGGAGAGAAGCGCCUCGCGCCGCCGCAGCAUUACGAGCCGGAGCGCAUGACGAUCGUCUUCUUCCAGCGCGACUUUGUUCUGCAGGAGAAGGUCGACAUGACGGACCCGCGCUACCACCCCGUCAGCGUCGACGCCGGCGAGGAGCUCGAGCUGAGAGACGAUGACGACGAUGGGGUCUUCGACUCGCAGCCGAAGAAGAAGAAAGGACGCUCUGAGUUCGAGGCUCCGACGCUCAAGGCCAACAAGCUGCGCGGCGUUGAGAAGCGCAAGCGGGCACGGGCGUGGCACUGGGUGCCUCGCCACAAGCUCGAGACCAUGGUGCAUCGGCUGCAGGCUUCGAAGGAGCGAGCAGACCAGCUGUCGCACGAGCGCGCGUACCUGCAGAGCUGCAUCGACGAGGAGCGCCAGCGCAACGGCGGCGGCAACGACGAGGGUGCCGAAUGCAUGAUCUGUCUCAGCGUGCCGGACAUCCGUGCGCUGCUGCCGUGCCUCCACGGCGGCUGCUUCGACUGUCUGCUCGACCUCAUCAAGGCGAGGAACAAGAAGUUCGAGGGGAGCAGCGCGCCGUGCCCCAUCUGCAGAGAGCCCUUUAUGGCGAAGCGCAUCAUCCAGGUGCUGCCGAAGGAGGAUGUUGUCGACGCAGCCACGGCUGAGUUUGGCUGCAAGAUUGCCGGUCUCGUCAAGGAUAUCCAGGCGAGGCUCGUUGCAGACCCGAGCACGAAGUGCGUCGUGUUCAGCGUAUUCAAGCGCAUGCUGCGUCUCGUCUCGGAGGCCUUGGAGGGCUGCGGCAUCGCUUCGAUGGCCUUUGCCGGAACGGAAGAGGCAAAGUCCAACGCCCUGGCGCGCUUCCGCGAGGACGGACAGGUCCUGACGGUGCCGCUCGCGCAAGCUGAGGGAGCCGCGGGCCUGACGCUGACCAUGGCGAACGUCAGCUACUUCCUCGAGCCCGUGCUGGACCCGAGCCUCGAGAGUCAGGCCAAGGGGCGCCUGCUGCGCAUUGGCCAGACGCGUCCCGUGACGCUCGUCAGGGUCCUGAUCGAGGGCACGAUUGAGCCUGCGAUUGCCAACAUGGCGCUGGCGCGCCAGCUGCAGAUGGAGGACGAGGAAGGCAACGAGGACGCCGCGGCCGCCGUAACGCGCGGCGAGAAGAACGACGUCUCGCUGGCCGAGCUGGUGGACGUCUUCAACGUGGCCUCGCUUGAUGCGCUCGAGCAGGCGGCUGCGGCGGACCGCGUGGCGCGCGGCCAGCGCCUCGACGACGAGCUGCUUGCCUUUGAGGCAGGCGAAGAGGACUAUUCGGACAGCGACGACGACCUGUACUAGGUGAAGACCCACAGUUUGUGCGUAAACCCACGAACCUGGGCGGUUCUUGCAAGGCCCGCGAACUUCGGUUGGCACGCCUGUGUAAGAACGAAACCCCCAAGCAUCACCAUCACGAGUCACCCACAUCACACGUGCACCACCACCACGAGACACCUGUACAAACACACUGUAGCGCGAACAGAUGCAUUCAGCCAG